UCACAGCCCCCUCAAUCGGCACCGACACCGAAGCGUACCUGAAAGCGGUGCAAUUCAUCGUACACACGCAAAACAACGACUCGUUCUACGCGGCGCAAACCAUCCACGGCCCAACACACGACACCAACAUCCACUCGUCGCCGGCGAUCUCGCUGCGCCACGCAGCCUGCCUGAUCGCGCUGCGACAAGAGAUCUGGAGCGCAUUCCUGCACCAACGGCCCGUGCGGCUGCCCAUCUCCCCGCAGAACGACUACGACGCCUUCCCGACCACCUGCGACUUCAUCUGGGCCAACCGCAUCCUCGUCUGGUGCGCCGACCUCCUCAACUUCACCUUCGACAGCCACACCAACACCAAGUACCCGACGCAGGCAUCGCGUCUCGCGAAAUGGAACUCCCUGAAAGCCUUCGAGACACACUGGAACACCCACAAGCCCCUCUCCUACAAACCGGUCUACUAUGCUGCCCCUGAGCCCGAGAAGGCGUCUUAUUUCCCGACUAUCUGGCUCAUGAAUGAUAGCCAGGUCGUGGCUGAGCAGCAUGUGGAGCUGGGCCGGAUUCUGCUCGCUGUGUCGAAUCCCGGGAUGCAGCGGCUGGGGGCCGGGGCUGGGGCGCUGAAUCGGGGCCUGGAGGCGGAGUUGAGGGCUAUUACGAGGAGGGUUA